CUACUACAGGUUGCUGCCCUAUUUCCACAAAGGAAAAGAAAAACCACAAAAACAAAAUAAAAACGUAGAAAAGAGGGAGCUACUCACAUUUUUAUUCAAUAACCGCGGAGAACUUUGAUCUUAUUUCUUUCACUCUCUGGUCUUCAUAUCUGAAGUGGGCGAAAACUUGAUCUUGAAUAUUGGCACAAUAAUCUAGAAGAGAUUAAAUAAAGAAAAUGACUGAAACAGAAGAUUAUUCACCUUCAGAAAAGGAAGCCAUUGAAAAGUUGAGAAAAAAGGUAUCGAAGGAUCUUGACAAAGAUCUGUAUGAAGAUAGUCAUCAACUAUAUCUGAUGUUGAAAGCUCAAGAUUUCGACUUGAAUAAUGCUGAAAAUAUGCUUACACAGAUUUUGAAAUGGAGACGGAAGCUACAAAUGGAAAAGAUUUUCGAUUAUAAACCACCAGAGGUAAUUGAGAAUUAUGUCAAGAAACAUAAGAUUGGAAUGGCCAAAGACGGUUCAUCUGUUCAUUAUUUGCCGAUUGGAAAAUAUGAUAGCAAAGGUAUUUAUAUGUCAGUAAAGAUAAUUGAUUUAGAAAAGGUAUUUGCAAAAAUAGUAGAAGAGAUUCUACAGAUUCUAAGAAAACAGAAGAAAAUGCCAAGGGGUUCAUAUCCUAAUAUGAUUUUAAUUUUUGACAUGGAUCAACUGACAUUUGCGAAUGCAACAGAUAAAAAAGGACUUGAAUAUCUAAUUCGAAUUUUAAAAGUUUGUCAAGAUUAUUAUCCCGGAAUCAUAAAAACUAUUUAUAUUAUCAACGUUUCUUCUUAUUUCAUGAUUCCCCUCUCAAUCGUGAAAACUUAUCUUUCAAGCUCUUUUAUCAGUUUAGCACAACUUUAUGGAACUGAUGGUUGGAAGGAGGAAUUAUUGAAAGAAAUUGAUGCUGAUCAGCUCCCUGCCUUUUUAGGAGGAACAAAAACAGAUCCUGACGGAAAUCCUCUCUGUAAAACCUUAAUUAGCCAAGCAGGAAAAAUAGACGAGAAAUAUUAUAUCCACAAAUCGAAGAAUCCUUUAUCGAGCGCGCCAGAUGUCAAGAAAAUUGUUCUUGCAAGAGCCUCUUUUUCAGAAAUCGAACUAGAUGUCGAAGAAGAUGGUUCUUUUAUUGAAUGGGAAUUCGAAACGAAGACCAGAGAUAUCGGCUUCGGUCUUUUCUACAAGGAAAUUGUAGAUGGCGAAGAGAAAAUAACAGAACUGGUACCUUUACUGAGAAUUAACACAGAAGAUUACUCUGAAACUGGGGUAUACAAAUGUGAAAAAGCCGGAACAUAUAUAGUUCUGUUUGACAACUCAUAUAGUUGGAUCAGAUCGAAGGAAGUCUACUAUCGAGUAAAAGUUGUGAGUCCCAAACAACUUGCAGUUGAAAUGCAGAACUGAAAACUUUGUCAAGAAUCAGCAAUUAAACAACAUUUAUGGUUCAAGGAACUUUUAUUUUUUCAUGUUUUGAAAUGUUUUUAUGUUUUUUUUUUAAAAUGUUUUCUGCUCUACUAAAAUUGCCAAUGUAGUUCACAAAGUGUUUUAAUAAAAUGUUGCUUUUUUUAAA